GUAGACAUUUUCCAAAACUUACACCUACAAAUCCCGCCGAAUAAAGUGCAAAAUAUUAUGAUAACCGUUAUUGGCCUUUGUCCGAGUUGUAAACGAAGAAGCUGCCUCUCAUUUUGCCGUCACGUCUCGCCGUCGGUAGAUCUCUGCGUUUUGUGUGUAGGUUACACAAAUCUUUACCUUGAAGCAUGUCUGGAGAAGAGGAAGAAAAUGCUGCAGAGCUUAAAAUUGGGGAUGAGUUCUUAAAAGCUAAGUGUUUAAUGAAUUGUGAAGUUUCUUUGAUCCUGGAACACAAGUAUGAGCAGCUUCAACAAAGGGCUGAGGAUCCAACAAAUCAAGUUUCUCAAGUGUUUGAGAAGUCACUGCAGUAUGUGAAACGUUUCAGUCGCUAUAAGAACCCCGAUGCUGUUAGACAAGUCCGAGAAAUUCUAAGCAGAUAUCAACUAGCUGAGUUCGAGUUAUGUGUUCUUGGCAACCUUUGCCCUGAAACUGUGGAGGAAGCUACUUCCAUAGUUCCAUCUUUGAAGACUAAGGGAAGAGUGCACGAGGACGAAGCAAUAGAGAAGAUGUUGAAUGAUCUUUCAUUAAUAAAAAAGUUCGAGUAGUUAGCUUUCUAAAUCUUAAUUAAAUGUGUUGUUUAUCCAUUCUUUUAUGACAUUUUCUCAACCGGAAACAAACUCAAAAUUUUACCCUUCUGAUCAUGGUUUUAUAAUUAUUUUGGAUUAGUUUGUAAAUUUGAUCCUAUUAUCAAGUCUAUUCGUAUUUAUCAA